GAUAACAGUAGCAGCAGCAGCUUCAGCUUAUUGCCUGAGGGUGAGGAGAGGGCUGUGCGUGACAGCAAACGGAAAUCGGAAUCCGCUUGCUGAGAGUGAGGAGGGGGCUGUGUGUGGGUUUAGAGGGUAAGGUGUCAAAUUGAUAGCAUCUGACUCGGUCACUGACGAUAAACACGAUGAACAAAUACAGGAAGCAGAUGGCAGAGCAGUUCCUGAGUCAGGCCCUGGGCAUCAUCUGCCUGCUGACCGGAGAGGAAUAUCUCGUUGUGAAGAAGAGGCCCUCACACAGCAGCAUUCACCAGCAGAGUGGAGAGGUGCCUAUAAAGUGUGAUGAUGUUGCUGUGUAUUUCUCUAUGGAGGAGUGGGAGUAUAUAGAGGGACACAAGGAGCUUUACAAGGACGUCAUGCUAGAGACUCACCAAGCACUAAGGACUAUGGAGAUCCCAGGAAAUGAGAGCUCAGAAUUAACAGGUGACAGUGAUGAAAAUCUAGACACAGGAGCACAUAGAGAACUGGUACAGAAUAUUCAGCCAUCUGAUGUCUCUGCAAGUGAAAAUGAUGCUAAGAUUUCAUGUAACACGGAACAAACAGAAGAUCAGAGGCUAAGAAAUAUAACAGAAGCUGCAGAGCCGGAAAUAAGUGACAAUAUACGUACAGGGCUGAAUUCUAAAUACAAUGAAUCCAAAAGACCGAAAACUGCUUCAGCACAACGGUAUGAAAUAGCUCAGCAGUUAAAAGGUGAAAAUGAUGCUAAGAUUUCAUGUAACACGGAACAAACAGAAGAUCAGAGGCUAAGAAAUAUAACAGAAGCUGCAGAGCCGGAAAUAAGUGACAAUAUACGUACAGGUGAAUUUACAAACUGCAAUAAUCCUAGCCAAGAUAAGAGUACAGAUGCUUCUUUACUUCUUCAAAAUCAAAGAAGCCAUGUGGGAAAUUUAUGUUCUGAAUGUGGUAAAUGUUUUCUUAAGAAAUCACAUAUUUUUAAACAUCUUGAAAUACAUACAGGAGAAAAGCCAUUUUCCUUUCCUAGAUGUGGGAAAUGUUUUAACCUAAAACAAUUUUUUGUUGCUCAUCCGAAAAUUCAUACAGGAGAAAAAGGAUUUUCAUGUUCUGACUGUGGAAAAUGUUUUACUCUGAAAUCAUCUCUUAUUAAACAUCAGAAAACUCACACAGGAGAGGGAGGAUUUUCAUGUUCUAACUGUGGGAAAUGUUUUACUCAGAAGUCAACUCUUAUUAUGCAUCAGAAAAUUCAUACAGGAGAGAGAGGAUUUUCAUGUUCUGACUGUGGGAAAUGUUUUAAUCGGAAAUCAACUCUUAAUACACAUCAGAAAAUUCACACAGGGGUGAAAGGAUUUUCAUGUUCUAACUGUGGGAAAUGUUUUACUCAGAAAUCAAAUCUUAUUACGCAUCAGAAAAUUCAUACAGGAGAGAAAGCAUUUUCAUGUUCUGACUGUGGAAAAUGUUUUACUCUGAAAGCAACUCUUAUUAGGCAUCAGAAAACUCAUAUUAAAAAAUCAGUUUAACCUCCUAAGUGCAGGGGGUGGCAUGUAGUUGUCAUCCACACAAUACCAAGUGCUAAUGAUGACAGCAUGUGACCCCCUGGGGCGUGCAGUUUUGGAGCUGUUUGAAGCCUUCUCUGCACCUCAGUCGUUAAUAAGGUGAACCCAGGGUGGAUUUGAUUUAAAUCACUAGUCAAUAAGACCGAUUUAUAUAAUGGUUUUCAUUUUUAGAAUAAUAUGUUUUCAGAUUAUUCCUACCAGUUAUAUCAGACCAUUACUAAUUUGGGUUUAUAUCAUUAGAUAUGCAUAGAUAGAUCAUUGAAAUGAAUGAAAUUAUUUGGAGGUGAACUAUAUCCAGUUUAUUUGGUUAAUCAUUCAUAUUUGAUCAACUUUACUUUACUAAACAGUACUUUAUUGAAAGGAGAAAAGGAGAAAGGAGAAAAAUUAUUACAUUAAUAAUAACAAUAAAAAAUAGUUUUAUUUAACUAAAACAAUAA